AUGACGAUAUUCUUAUUUUCACACAAUCACACACUUUUUGAUUCAUCUGUUUACUCUUCUUUCGAUAAAUCUUUUAACAUAUUUCUUCUUCUCUCUUUCAUUCACAACGUCUUUAUAUCAAUAACCUUAUUUCUCUGUCUGUCUGUCUGCCUCGUUUUCUCCUUCCUCGUUUCACACUUUCUUUUAUGGUUUCUUCUUUAUUACGUUUUAUUUCUUCUCCGUUCCACUGCUUCACGGGCCUAUCACUCUUCUUUCCUCAAGUCUCAUAUUGCCCCCUCUCUCUCUCUCUCUCUCUGUCGCUCACACUUGCGCUAUAAAAUUAUUAUAGACUUACUGUGUCUUGUUUUUCUCUCUCUUUUAUAUCUUCUCUCUUUCACCCACACUGUCUCCAUAAUGUCAAUAUUUACUCUUGUUUUCCUCUCUUUCUCUCUCUCUCUCUUUCUCUCUCUCUCUCUCUGUUUCAGAGUUGAGGCUUUCAAAAGUCAUUCUAAGCAUAUAAGCCUACCUUCUUUUUCAUAA